CUGUGCCCCGCAUAAUUACAAUUCAAAGAGCAUGUUUCCGAAAAAUUCUCUGAUUGAAAUAUCAGACGUAAUGAAACGCUCCAGCAAUCCACAUCAUGCUUCCUAUGGGGAUUUGUGUGUGUAGAUAUUGCAAAUGCACCACAACACUAAGACAUGGGUAUGCAUUACUUACUAACAUUUGUGUGU